GACGGGGAUAGACGUAGGGAGAGAGAGAGAGACAAUGACAGUGAAAUACAGUGAGUGAGAGAGAGGGAGGGAGGGAGAGAGUCCGAUCCUUGAGAGAGGGAAUCAAAGACUCAUGCAAAUCUUGAGCAGAUAAAGUGCCAUCAGCUCCUCCCCUCUCUCUGCCCCAUCCCUCUGUUUCCCUCUCCUCCCCCUUUCUCUUUUCCCCCACCUCUCUCUUCCUGUCUCUUCUUCCUUCCCUAUCUCAUUCCCUUUCUCUCCUUCCUUCACCUCCACCUCUCUCCCUCUCUCUCUCUCGUUCCGUUUCCUUUCCUGUGAGAGCUGGUUGGGAAGCUGAGAGUGGCUGGAACCGUAUGGAGAAGACAUUGCCUUUCAUCUGCGGAAUUGUGGAAGGUUUCUAUGGCAGGCCAUGGUCCAUGGAGCAGAGAAUGGUGCUGUUCAAGUGGAUGCAGAGAUGGGGGCUAAAUGUCUAUAUGUACGGCCCGAAGGAUGACCUGAAGCACAGGCUGUUAUGGAGAGAGACGUACUCCGCAGAAGAAUCAGUGCAGCUCAAGGCCUUGGUAUUGGGUGCCCAGGAGUGUGGAGUUGAGUUUGUGUAUGCAAUCUCCCCGGGACAGGACAUCACCUUCUCGAGUUCGUGUGACCUGACCUUACUGAAGCAGAAACUGAGGCAGGUUAAAGGGUUUGGGUGUAUGGCCUUCGCCAUCCUGUUUGAUGACAUCGACCACACCAUGUGCCCCACCGACAAAGAAACCUUCAGCUCAUUCGCUCAUGCUCAGACGUCAGUGGCCAAUGAGAUCUACCGGUACCUGGGGGAGCCUCCCAUCUUCUUGUUCUGUCCGACUGAAUACUGCAGUUCCUUGUGCUACCCCAGCCUGAGUAAGUCCUACUACCUGAAAGUGAUAGGGAAUGAGCUCCAGCCUGGCAUCGGCAUCAUCUGGACAGGGUCCACUGUUAUCUCCAAGGAGAUCACUCCAGAGUCGGUGGAGGAGGUUCAAGUGGUCAUCAAGCGAAGGCCGCUGAUAUGGGACAAUCUUCACGCCAAUGACUACGCCCAGAGGCGGGUCUUUCUCGGUCCCUACAAAGGCCGUGCCUCCAGCCUGGUCUCCAAGCUGCAUGGUUUGCUGCUCAAUCCCAACUGUGAGCUGGAGGCUAAUUACCUCCCCAUCCACACCCUGGCCACCUGGUACAGGUGUGGCCUCCGAACCACACAGUCCGAUGGUGGUGAGAAGGGCACUGAGUCUCACCAAUCUUACUGCCCCAACGAAGCCCUGAACUUGGCACUGGCUGACUGGGUAAAGGAAGUGAACAGACCUCUGCGCCCAAGUAGGCAGCUGCUUAAGGAUGAAAAGGAAGGACAGCUCAGUAGCAGACCUUCAGACGUGGUUAGUCAGAAUGGGGAUGUUGGACCAAGGACUGAGAAACCAAGUACAAGCACAAGUAACUUACUGCCCCAGGGCAGCCCAUUGAAUGAGCCAGAGCUGGACGGGGCCAAAGAUUCAUUGAGUGAGGAGACCCACAAGGCUCCGAAGAUGGACGUUGGCCAACCAGCAGUAAAAAGCGAGAAGACCAGCCCUCUUGGACCAAGGGAUUCUGGGAAUGAUAGCACUUCGCCAGGUCCUGAGAAACUAAGAGAUGAGUCGACGGGAACUGGUGAUAUUGACCGUCAGAAAUCUCACGGCGAGGGUCAUGAGCUAACAGAGCAGGACAGGGCCAAGGGUGAGGGCUGCCGCUUUCCCCUGGAAAGGCCACCACUCCAGACGGGCACCUUGACCCUGGCCAAUCUGCGACUGAUGGUUGACCUCUUUUACCUGCCCUACGAACAUGGUGAGGAGACAGCUGGCCUCCUCCGCGAGUUCCACUGGCUCAAGACCAACAGUGAUUUUGUGAGUGCAAAUGCCAAGAUGGAGCUGAAGAAGGGGGAGGAGUGGAGAGUUCGGGCGUCUGCUUUCCAGCUCGCGUGUGACAGGAUCGACCAGCUCUUUCGACAGUUCAUGAGCAGCUCCAACAAGGCAAUAGUCUAUGACCUUUACCCUUACCUCUGGGACAUCAGGAACACACUUGUGGUUACCAAGGCCUUCGUGAUGUGGCUGGAUGGCAGAAUUGAGAGGGACACCUAUUCAUUCAACUCCUGGAUGAACUGCUUCCAAUGGUGCCGUACUGGCAGCGCUCCUGUUGUCCUGGGUGCAGAAGGUGAGACUUGGAUCUACAGAGGAGGCCUUGCGGGAGAGUUCCAGGUAAUUUUUAAAAAAAAAUUCAUCCAUAAAAUGCAGCUUGUGGUAGAGCCCACUACGGUACAGGCAAUACUAGAUUUGGUGAUGUGUAGUGAGGAAGACUUGAUCAGGGAGCUUAAGGUGAAGGAAUCCCUAGGGGCCAGUGAGCAUAAUAUGAUAGAAUUUACCCAGCAGUUUGAGUGGGAGAUGCUGGAAUCAGAUGUGACGGUAUUACAGUUCAGUAAAGGGGACUACAAAGACAUGAGGGAGGAGCUGGGCAGAGCUGAUUGGAAGUGGUUCCUAGCAGGGAAGGUGGUAGAGCAGCAAUGGCAGGAGUACCUGCGGGUAAUUUGA